GCCCGUCUCGCCGAUUGUUUUGUCCCCCUCACACGCAUCAAAAAGAAGGAAAAGUCCAAAAGAGUGUCUCCCAGUGUCCGUCUCGCCAAUUGUUUUGGUCUCCCUCAAUACCCAAGCGCCAUGUCUGGCCGUCGUGCAAGCCAGCGUUCAAAGUUAAGAAGAAGCUUGGGCGACGCAGGCAGGGCAGUUGCAGGACUCUUCGAAGUAAUCGAUGAUCAUGUCCUCGUCCUCGAUGGGCUCGUUGUCCCAGUCGUCUUCGUCAUACAGGUCACCAAUCCACUGCUCCGCCAUCUGUUGGUCAAGCAUCUCACCAGCAGCCCACUCUGGGUCGAAGUGCUGUUCGUCUUCCUCCUCGUCGGAGAAGUCUCCGCACAAAUCCACAGAGUCUUGGUCGUACUCAUCGUCGUCGUACUCAUCUUGGUCGUACUCAUCUUCGUCCACGCGCUGGACGUGCCACUGCUGCCCGUCCACCGGCUGGUCCCACUGCUCCUCGUCGGAGGACUCUUCCUCGUGCAACCCCCAAAGGAGUUCAUCGAAGCCCCACAUGUCGGACAUGAUGCUUGUACUUGGGUGGACUCGGAACAAAGGACGUGGCGUUGUGUAGAAAGAGAGUCACAGAUGAUGGAUGAAGUUCAAAAAAGUGUAAGUCGCCGGAGAAUGGAGAAUGAGAAUGGUAAAUUGGGAUGGAGAAAGACAAGAGAGUGUGCUUUGAUUCACUUCUCAGACGGCAGACACGACGACAUUUAUCCCACAGAGUACAGGCAAGAAGAGGCGUGCGGACGAGUACGUCUUUCAAAACUUCAAGCAAACAUCACGGCAUGACAUGACUCCUCGGACGGGCCUCUUGCAUUAGACGCUGAUGGCAAACAACGAGUUUAGUUGCGUGCACCCAGCUAUCCGGCAGAGCUAGAUAACCGCGGCCAAUGAUGCCCGCAGCUGCCCUGAUUCGCAUAUCCCGGUGUGAGAGCAAAGGCGAUCACUAGGGGGGGGAGUUUGCCAGCGUGCCUGGAGAUUGCUGGUGUCACUGACUGAUUGAUAGACUGACGCAGUGUUGCCAAACAACGUCUCUAGUUGCCUGCAUCGACACACUCUUUGAGUCUCGCACGCCUACCCGGGGGGACUAUCCCUGAAUGCAAUCUGUCGCUCAAUCCGGAGACGGACAGAGACACAGGCGCCAACUUUUGGUCUGGUAUCCGUGCCGUACCCUCCAAGACGGCGGGGACGGAGUCAUGAGCUCCCGACCUCCC